UGAUAACGAGGGUGUAGGGUUUGGUGAUAUCUGCUAACAAAGGUGAGUAAUGGAAGGUGAGGGUGAGAGGAAAAGAAGAAGUUUAUGCUGCGUAUGCAAUGAAAGAAGACCUUCCCUGAAGAGGCCCAAAACACUCGAACACAUUUGCAGGGAAUGCUUCUACACCGUCUUCGAGGAUGAGAUCCACCAAGUCAUCGUCACCAACAACCUCUUCCGCCGCGGCGAACGCGUCGCCAUCGGUGCUUCCGGCGGCAAAGACUCCACCGUACUCGCUUACGUCUUAUCCAAACUCAACCGCGUCCACGAUUACGGCCUCCACCUCUUCCUCUUGUCCGUCGACGAAGGCAUCACCGGCUACCGCGACGACUCGCUCCAAACCGUUCACAGAAACCAGAUUCAGUACGGUUUGCCCCUCCAAGUCGUCUCCUACAUGGACCUCUACGGUUGGACCAUGGAUGACAUCGUCAAGCUUAUUGGUCUCAAGAACAACUGCACGUUCUGCGGUGUCUUCCGCCGUCAGGCACUUGAUCGCGGUGCUGCUCUUUUGAAAGCUGAUAAACUCGUUACUGGUCAUAAUGCUGAUGAUAUUGCAGAGACUGUUCUGCUUAAUAUCUUAAGAGGUGAUAUUGCUAGAUUGAGUAGAUGCACUUCAAUCACCACUGGUGAAGAUGGUCCAAUCCCUAGAUGCAAGCCUUUCAAGUACACAUAUGAGAAGGAGAUUGUAAUGUAUGCGUAUUUCAAGAGGCUGGACUACUUUUCGACAGAAUGUAUUUAUUCUCCAAAUGCAUAUCGUGGUUUUGCUCGAGAGUUUAUCAAGGAUUUGGAAAGAAUGAGACCUAGAGCCAUUCUAGACAUCAUCAAAUCAGGGGAGAAUUUCAGGAUCUCUACUACCACCAAAAUGCCGGAGCAGGGAACAUGUGAACGCUGUGGUUAUAUUUCUAGUCAGAAAUGGUGCAAAGCUUGUGUUCUACUUGAUGGAUUGAAUCGAGGUUUGCCUAAGCUGGGAAUUGGACGGAGUCGGGGUGGUAUUGGUGGUAAGGAUGGAAAUGAAGGUGGAAAGAGCAUCGAGAGCAAACAAUGUGGAACUCUGGAUUUCUAAUUUGCCAUAUAGGCUUCAUAUGAACUCUGAGUUCCAUGAGUUGACUAGCUGAAGAUAUUUGACAAGUGGAGAAACAAUAUAUAUUGAUUGGAGACUCUCCUAUAGUUUGAUGUAGAGAGCACAGACGACCGCAAAACUACCACAAGAUUAGAUACUUUACCUGCUGUUAAUCAAAUCAUCUUCAUCACUUAAUGUAUGUUUUUGUAACUUUGUUCUUAAACAUUGGUCACUGUUGAGGGCUUAUACAAACUGGCAUUUGUGUAAAUGCAUGUUAGUUGAUCUUCAAAA